ACCUGUAAUGAGCCCAACUCACAACAACCUGUUGUUACAAAAGCGUCCAAUACUGAUAAAGGACCUCCAAGUUGAGGACAUCAUCCCAGACAUGGUAGCCAGGGGAAUCCUCAGUAAACGUAAUGCAGAUAAGAUAAAGGCUCAAAAGACGGAACAGGAACAAGCAUUUGAAUUUCUCUGUGUUCUACCAAAAUGUGGUCCUCGUGCAUUUGAAACCUUUGUUGAAGUGUUGAGAGAGCACAACAAGAAAGAACUCGCAGAUUUGUUGGCAGAAAAGGCGACCACUUGUAGUAGUAAAAACCAAAUAGCAAAUUUCUACAUGAAUCACAUGAGUCAGAUACAGCGACUUCCCUGGGACCCCAAUGACACCAUGCACAUGGACGAUGUGUAUGUUAACUUACAGUGGGUACAAGAAGAAAGCAAACCCAAGGGUGCCAAUUUUAAAUCAGUAAAGAGCUACACUUCAAUAUUUAAAGAUACCAAACAAGGUAACCGACCAAAGAGAAUAUUGGUCAGAGGAAAAGCAGGUAUAGGAAAAACCACAUUUACACAGAAGAUGGCAACAGACUGGGCAAAUAAUGCAAAGGGGUUAAAAAAAUGUGAAGAAGUUUUGUCAAAAUAUGAAUAUCUUAUCAUAUUAAAUCUACGCAGCAUUCAGCCGGGUCAAACACUAAAGGAAGCAAUUGAAAUACAAAUUCCUUGCUCUGCAGAAACUGGUAGAGCAGUGGCUGAGGAAACCAUGCAUGCUCUGGACAAUAACAGUGACCAUGUGCUGUUGGUUUUUGAUGGUUAUGAUGAAUAUGAUCCCAAGACUUCCCAAGAAAUCACAGAUGUUAUCAAUCGUAGACGAUACCAGGAUGUGUGCACCGUCAUCACAACACGUCCAUGGAAGGCGGAAGAAUUGAGGAAAAGACAAAUUAUGGACAGUGUGUAUGAAAUCACAGGGCUGACAAUUGACAAUAUAAUUCAGUAUAUCACAACAUUUUUUGAUGAUAAAAAAACAUAUGACGAAAACAAGAAAUACAUUUUCAUGUCUUCUGAAGAGUUUGAAAAAGAAUAUGCCCUGUUAUAUGUUACAUUUCCUUUGGAGUUAUUUCACAGAGUAGGGCAGGGUCUUUUACCAUAUCUAGAGCAAAUGGGACUUAUGUCCCUGGCACAGACUCCAAUUCUUCUUCUAUUCAUCUGUCUUAUGUGGGAAGAUAUGAAAAGUGAUUCAAGCACAAGUUCGCUCCCCGGUUCAUACACACUGCUUUACGAGAAGCUAAUCGAGUUGCUCAUGAGUCGAAGAUAUAACAGCAGGACAAAGAAUGAAGUUAAGGAAUAUCUGGGGAAAUUCGAACAAACAUUUUUCAAUCUUGGUAAACUGGCUCUAGAAGGUCUUCUUAAGCCAGUGGGUGGUCUGCUGUUUGAUGAAGAAGACCUGCAAUCGAUUCCAAACAUGAGUGAGUUGUACAGUUUAGGCCUCCUCAGCAGAUCCAAGGUGCACUGUAACCUUUAUGUUAAACAUGAAGUAACAUUUCUUCAUAAAACCAUUCAAGAGUUAUUUGCUGCAAAAUACCUUGCUGGGACAAUAGAUGAAAAUGAUAAUGCUUUAGAUGAAUUUUUGGGAUGGUUAAACACCCUUGACAGGCUCUAUGACAUGGAGUAUGUGCUGCGCUUCUUAUGUGGAUUAUCAGAGCAGGCGAUUGCCAAAGUGCGACCUAGAGUUCAAGAGCUGGCAAAGAUGGAUGCAACUCUAAAACACAUUUAUUCUUCAAAUUCCUCAAAUACUGAAGUUGAAACCAUUUCUUUAUUUAACAAACUAGCCUGUCCACGGAGGUUUCUCUUUGAUAGUGAUAUUUCUGACUGGUACAUACGACAUUUUAACAACCUCCUCCUAGAACACUGGUAUGCCCACUGUACCCAGGAAAGUGAUUUGACUCCUGAGCUUGCCCCCUGGCACACCAUACUCAGCAUACCAUACUCAUUUAAACACUCUGAUCCCAGAUUUCAGGAGGUCUUGGAAAACAGUUUACGCAGUAAUAAACAGAUAUGGAAAAAUGUAUUCCAAGAUGCCAAUACUGUCAUUUUUGACUACGCAUCAGAUGCAGAGGAAUAUCAGAUGUUUGGACUUAUAUAUGAGGAUGAAGACAGUACAGUAGAUGCAGUGAUUACCUUACUAAUGAUGUGUGAAAAUUUCAAGAAUCUUUCACUUGUAUUUUGGGCUGAUAGAGAAAAAGGGCCUAGCACCAACGAUGUCUUCAAACGUGUGUUGUCCAAUGCGCCCAACUUAAACACACUUUGUAUCAGUAGUAUUGAAGAUGAUAGUCCAUACGAAGAUGUAUCCUCAAUACAAAAUCCUGCAAAAUUGUGUCAUCUGAUUGUGCGUAUCUACGAUAACAGAAGUGAAGCACCAAUAUCAGUAGACACUCAGAUUCUUAGGCAGAUGUCAGCAUUGAAGCAUUUACAUAUAGAACGUGAUGGAAAGAGUACUAGAAAUAACACCUUGAUAUUUGACUUAGGGGGCCAGCUUCAGUUAAGCCAUGGUUUGACGUACAUAGUGAUUAGGAACUUUUCCCUUACUGCUGAGCGGGUCAAGAUACUGGGGGAGAACCUGCAUCAUGUGCCAGGACUGGAACAAUUAAAACUGGAUGGCGUAUUUGAUUGGAUACAUACGGAUAUCACCAGAAAAUUUUGGUUCCCCCUCUGGGGGUGGACCUUAUAUAACUUACAUGAAGGUUGUCCAUAUGAUGAUCGGGAAAGAGGCCAUCGUUGCCCGGGUGUUUGUGAAGCCAUGCUUGAACUGAGCAAAGGUGUGGCACACACCCCUAAGUUGAAACAUUUCUCAUUCAGCAUGAAUCGGUUGGGUUUGUACUGUGGUAUCGCCAGUCCACUCACAGCAUUGGUACAGUCUCUCUGUACAGUGUCAGAGCAGAAUGGUAUGAAGAUUGCCUUAUAUGGUAAUGAUGUACACAAAGUUGACGGCCUCAGGGAGCAGAUAGUGAGCAUUAGCAGUUCUUACCAGCACGUAAUCGUGGCUUUCAAUUCAUUUGUGCCCUUUCUGUUUUUUUAAAGCAACAGUUGCCUUCAGCCAGGAACUAUGAACCUAAGAUGAUAACAAACUCAUAGAGAUCGCAUGUAGAGUGGUGUAAUAAUAUAUGUAUAUAGUGUACAAUGAAAGCGAGGGGCGGUCUCAGGGAGAAGAUAGAGAGCAUUGUUUCUUACCAGCACAUGACCUUGACUCUUUGAAAACUGCUUUUGAAAAGUAAUCUGAUGGAUUGAUAUCUUACACGGUGUAUAUAGCCAUAAGAUUCCUAUGGUCGAAAUACAGUCUUAAAGCGCUUGAAGAGACAAUAACUCUUCGUUUUGGCCAAAAAAUGAAUUUUCCUGGAGUAAAAAACAAUUUUCCCAUA